AUGGCACGAAGACCCAAACAUUUUAGUUGGCAUCGACUAUUCCCAAGAAUCAAUUCGACAAGAAUCGAAUCGCGCAGACGUGUCGACUAUUACCCAACAGGUUCGGAAAGCAACACUCCAUCGCAAGCCGACGAGGCCAAUGCAAGCGAAGAAAUUUCACAACCACGUUCAUUUCGCUCUGAGAUACAGGAUGCCUUCAAUCAUAACGUGAUCGCUGUUCAUCUGGUGAAUCAUUUCAAACAUGGGCCAGUUCAGUGGAUGGAUCUGUUCGAUACUACGGCUUACUUCGCCUCGAAAGUUCCUGUCAUGGCAGUCAUGAAACCGUCGCUAAAACCUGCCGCAUGCGCCCUUGCUGCCAAAAGUCUGGCUCGUUAUCACGGCACCAGUAGAGCUAUGGAACGCUUCUCCCGAAUUGCUUCUCGCUGUGUUGUUGCGUUUCGAAUUGAACAAGAACGGCGGCAUCACUUAAUUCAGUACUAUCAGCAGGCACUUGUUUUAUUGGAAACUUUCGUCAUGUCCGGCGACUUUCAUGGCAGCUUGGCUAAACAGGAAGCCAUAUUUGCAACAGUAGCGAUUUUGUGCACAUACGAACUCAUGAAUGCACCCGGCACGGCUUGGAAGGCGCACCUGAGUAUUCUGCCCCUUUUUAGUGAAGGGUCUGAUUCCAGGUGGGUGCCCCCAAGGAUCGCGAUUCCUAGUGCCACUAUUGACGGACCUGUGUUUUGGAGUCUUGCCAGGCAGCAACAACGCAUGCUGAACGGUGACUCUCAAAUUGUGGCACUGGAAUCGUUUGAGCAGGUCUGGUAUUAUUUACCACUCUUUGCAGCCACGAUGCAAAGCUACCACCAGGCCAGAAUAUUGUUGUUGGUCUAUAAGCCACACGAGUCGACUGCCUUGAAAUCAACAGUGCAAUCUCGAUUGAGGGCCUAUCGCAAUGCACUUAGUGAGUGUGAGUGGCAUGCAAGAGAAAUAUGCGGCAUUAGUUUGGCAGACCCAACAGAUGCAUUCCGCAUCAAUUUGGUACAAGCUCUAUGCGUUGCGAGUCAGGUAUUGCAAGGGGAGAGCGAGCGGAGUAUUGUGCUCAAGCUAUGGGCUGGCAUUGAAGAUGAUCUCGGGUGGUCAACCAAGUAUCAUAAAACCAAGUUGAUAGAUGACUGGGCCAAGCAGGAUACUAACAACCAAGCCGAUCGUGAAAUAAUAUACGGGCAUUAA